AUGUCAGCCCUCUUACUGACCUUCUUCCUCUCUCUUCUUCCUUUUCCUCUUCUCUCUCUGGUUUGUGCCAAAGGCAGAGCACCUCAUGGGCUUGUCUAUAACAACCCCACAGCAUUCUCUCCAGCUGCUUAUGACUUCUUCCACCCAAAUAGCCAAAGCCCCAGCCACAGUAUCACUCACAGCCAUUGUGUCAAGUCUGAUUGCGCACCUUUGCCUCUAUCAACAUUUUCUUCUGCUUCAGCUAUUGCACAGUCCACUGAAGCACACGAAAGCAACUUCUUGGACCCUAAGACUAGAAGCCGAGUGGGAGCUGGUGGGAUUGCUGGGAUUGUUUUUGGUUUUAUGUUUGCAGUGCUUCUAGCAAUGGGUGUCUACUAUGUAGUGAUCACACGUAGAUCUAACAUUACUCGCGCUAAUUCUGUUCGAUCUGAUGCUUGA